GUUCUCUCUCUCUCUCUCUCUCUUUGCCCCUACCUAUAUCCGCCGUCUCGAAACCACAGAAAGUCCGUUUUUUAGUUUACAGCUAGUGAUGUCGUCACAUUUCUAAUGUGGUCGGUCACUAAUUCAAUGAAGACAGAGGAGCUUUUGUAGUCUUUCUUCCUUGUAAAGUUUUUCCCUUUUGAAAUUGAACAAAGUUAACUAGGGAGCUGAUCAGAGAGCUCAAACAAUGCCGUUGACGAGGUACCAGUCUCGUAACGAGUACGGAUUAGCAGAUCCGGAUCUGUACCAAGCUGCUGAUAAAGAUGACCCCGAAGCUCUGCUCGAAGGAGUCGCCAUGGCUGGUCUCGUUGGCAUUUUGCGUCAACUCGGUGAUCUCGCCGAGUUUGCUGCUGAGAUGUUCCAUGACUUGCACGAAGAAGUGAUGGCAACUGCUUCUAGAAGCCAUGGUCUAAUGGCUCGUGUACAGCAGCUGGAAGCAGAGUUCCCUUCGAUAGAGAAGGCAUUACUAUGUCAGACCGAUCAUUCACCAUUUUUCUCUAAUAAAGGUGUGGAAUGGCAUCCAAAUCUACAAUUGGAACAGAGUGUGGUUACACGUGGUGACUUGCCCCGUUGUGUGAUGGACUCUUAUGAGGAAUGCAGAGGUCCCCCUAGGCUAUUUCUUCUGGACAAAUUUGAUAUCUCGGGAGCUGGAGCAUGCUUGAAACGCUACACCGAUCCAUCAUUUGUUAGGCUCGAAACGUCUUCAUAUGAAGAAUCAUGGGAUGAUAUUCAGAGAGAGAAGAAAUCACAGAAAGCAAAGAGAAGAGCAUCUCAAUGGAGGAAUGGAGGAACACCUGAAAAUGCUCUAUCAUCACAUGCCAAAUUGCAUGAAUUGUUUUUGGAGGAGCAUUUAGAGACUCAUCAUUCAGAUCCAGCGCGCGUUGUGAAGUUGAAAACUAGAAAGCUAGAUGGGUGUUCCCUUAUUUCAAAAUCAGGGGAAAGCUACAUGGAGAAAUUUGUUCAGACACGUGUAGAUAGUAAAAUAAGUUAUGAAGUAAUCACUCAAAACCCUGGACUGUUGACAUGGAAUAUGGAUAGUACUAGAGAUAUAGUAACCGAUAUACCUGAAAUCAGUAUGGCGGAUGCUAUGGAGAAGUCUCACGGAGGAAGCAGCGCAGAGGUUUCAUUACCAAGGGAGCAGGAAAAUGUGGCAAAUAUUAACUUAAAUGGGGGAUUUAUUGAAAGAGAUAUAGAGACAGUGCCUGAAUCUACUUACAGUGAAGUCCCUGGUACAACUUUUAUAAAGGAUUCACAAACUAAUUUGAACGAGAAGCCAGGAUUUUUUCAACAGAGGAGUUAUUCUGAAGAUUUAACCAGUGAGGCUGACAAUUAUGUGGACGCACCAGCCACCAUGGAGUCGGAAACAGAAACAGACGAUGAGUAUAGACCUAAGAAUAGAUCAGAUGCUUUGAAGGAUGGGAACCAUCAUACUUAUUCUGAUGCGGAUGAAGAAAGGGUGGAGGACCCACCUCAAUUUUCAUUUUUUCAUUCAAAUGGAAACACACCAGUGUCAGAAAAUGGGCGAAGCUCAGUUGGGAAACGGAGCACUAGUUAUUCUUACUCGGACACUGCAAGCGUAUCCAUUGAUGAUCAAUCUGAUGGAGAGAAACUUUCUGGAUGUUUAACUUCGACUUCUAAUUUUAAGAGUGAGCUGGUUGACUCCAUGUCCCUUGUAACUCCUGAAGCCAGCAAAGUGUCUCAUGAUUUUAAUGUUCAGGAAUCAGUUAGUAGCAGCAAUAUAGAUGGCCAGACAUCAUUAAGAUCGAAAGAUAUAUGUUCAAGUCCAAGGCCAGUCUCUCAGAAUGAUGAAUCAUGUCCACUGACUGUUCAAUCGUUAGCACCAGUAGUCGUUGAAACUUCUCCAGAACUUGUUAGGCCUGAUCUAAUUAAGGGAGGCAAUGAUGAAAGCAAGGUGGAUUCAAUCGAUUCUUCAAGAUCGUGUGCAUCUUUUGAUGCUAAAAACUCUAACUUCCUUUCUGAAACUUCGUCAAUUUGUUCAACUUCUGAAGGAAACAGAUGCGAUACCACCAUUGAGAAGAACUAUAUGGUUGAUCAUUCUUCAGAUUUAGUAAACUCAGGCUCUAGUCCUCAAGUUUUUGUUGAUACUCAAAAAGGUGAAAUGUUACCUUUCGGUGAUAAUGAUAUUGAGACAAACUUUACAGUUGCUUCUUCUAAAGUUGUAGCAAACUCGGGCAGCGAUCCUGAAGGCAAUGAUAGUAGUAGCCUAACAGGAAAGCUAUUACCUUACUCAGCUGGAAUGGGAAUGGAAGUUUCACCUGAUAUGCCCUAUAAAGUUUGUGGUCCAAGUACAGUUGAUGAAAUUCAUUUAAAAGAUGCUCCGGGUGAUGAAACUGAUUGUGUUACAGUGACUAAUGUAGUUGCCGACCUUGAUUCUCAAAAUUCAGUUGUCGAUAUUGGUUCUCAAACUUCAGUUGCUGAUGUUGGUUCUCAAAAUUCAGUUGCUGAGAUCUCUAGUGAACAAUCAUGUGCAUUUGAGAACACGGCUGAUGUAUCUGUAUCAGAGUCCCAUGAAGACACACUAGAGAAUGGAAUGUCUAUGCCUGCUGAAGUCAAUAGUAAGAUGACUUCUGAUUUUAACUCGGGCGGAGAGAAAUUGGUGGGAGAUGCUUCACCUACUUGUAGCAAAAGUGAUGGCUCUGUUGAAGAUUUUCAUGACCUUUCAGGGCUGGACAAUGCAACUACAGACAUUGCCCCGACCAUAGAUCUUGCCGUGUCUGAUAACGACAGCGACACUUCCAGUGGUGGUGUUAACAAUGCCGUUAGCCUGUCAUCUACUAGUUUGAAUGGUUCUCUGCCUUGGAUUUCGACUAAUAUUUAUCGUUCGUCUUCUGAAGCUGGAGAGAUUUGCCAAGAUACAGUUGUAGAGUCUGACGAGGCACUACCAGCAGACAAUAAUCUAGAGUCAGAGAUAAAAAAGCAGAAAAGCCCACUGGAAGUGUCUUCAGAAGGUCUGAGUACUGCCCUAGACAACAGUGACCUGGCAAGUUUUGAAUCUAUAAGUCCCAAGCCAUCUCACGAUCAGAGGGACGGAGACACAGAAACCAGUUAUCCUGGUGAGAGCAUUCUUGUUGAUAAUUGUAUAGAUUCCUCGCCAGCGAAUAAUCUGAACCUUAUAGAGAGUGAGGCUAUUGAGCAGACAGUAAGAGAGCAAACACCUUGUGCAAGCCAUACAGUUGCAGAUGAGGAAUUUCUGCAGUCAAAUGUUUUCGGAGGUUUAAAGUUUGUACCACAAUCAGCUGGUUUAGAAUAUGCACCACAAUCUGCAGGUAUAGAAUUGAACAGACCUAACCAAGAAUUGAAUCUGGAGCCUACUUUUCCUAGCUUUGGCUUGAUCCCCGAGACUACUCCACCCAACCAGGAGGACAUGCCUCCUCUGCCACCCCUUCCUCCUAUGCAAUGGCGUAUUGGAAAGGUUCCACAUUCUUUUCCUACCUUCAUGGGUGAAUCAGUCGAAACCUCUCCAUCGGUGGUUCCACUCAGUGGUUCUAGCUUGGACGUUCAAAUUGGGUCUAAAUCACCAGAGAUGUCUAUAUCUUUAGGAAGUGACGAAUCAGAAAAACAUACCGGAGGGUUUGUGAACAAUGCAUCAGAAAUCCCAUUGCAAUCCUCCAUUCAGUUCCCAAGCAUUGGCACUGAUUUGAAUAGUCAAUAUGACAGUUCCGAGCUCCCUACAAUGCCUAAUCAGGGACUUCUUGACGAUUUUGGUUCUGAAGUGAACAAUCUUUUGGAUCAUCAUGCAACUCAGAACCAUGAGCUCGUUUAUUCACAAGAGCCUUUAUUGCAGCUGCCUCAGGAUUUAUCGACAAAAUACGAAGAUAUCAAGAACGAUACAGAUGUGCAUGUGUCACAAAGCUCAAGCGAUGAUCAGCAUUGCCCUGAAACCGAAGCCCUGACACCAACUCAAUCAACUAAAGUGGAAGAUAAGAGUCAUUGGGUUCCUGAUGCUUCAAAUACAGAUACAGCUGAAGCAUCACACACGUCAGUUCAGAAGAUAAUUCCUAGUGUAGUGGGAGAUGCUAUGUGGCCUGUCAACGCGUUCUCUGUUGCACCUACCUUGGACACAGAUAAGCCAGAAGUAGUCCCUAUGGUUCGGCUUCCUCGGCCAAGAAGUCCGCUUGUUGAUGCCGUUGCAGCUCAUGACAGACGCACAAUGAAGAAAGUCUCUGAGAUGGUCCACCCACCAAUUAAAUCAAAGCAAGACGACAAAGAUUCAUUGCUUGCGCAAAUUCGAAAUAAGUCCGUCAAUCUGAAGCCUGCAGCAGUUACACGACCCAGCAUCCAAACUGGUCCUAAAACGAAUAUAAGGGUAGCUGCAAUCUUAGAGAAAGCUAACACAAUACGCCAGGCAAUGGCUGGAAGCGAUGAGGACGAAGAUUCAGAUAGUUGGAGUGAUUCUUAGAUCCAAGAUCGUUGGCUUUUCCGCUGUGUCAGUUCUUGUUUCAUGAUGAGUGCGCAAGCGCUUGGAGUCAGGUAGGUUAUACAAUUUCUAUUUCAAGACAUAUAACAACAACAUCAAAAUGCGGUACUGUCAUCUCAUCGCUCAUAUAUUAUGUGUAUGUAUGUAUAUUGUAUACUGUUUUAUAGGUUUGUGCGUGCAUGUUGUAACUUGUAAGUAAGUUGCGGAAUUUACAUUAGCGUUACAAAAAGCUCUGUGAUGUUUUAUUUUCUUAUAUUCUUUUUUCUCAAUAGAACAUUCUUUUAGUUCCCUAUGUAAUGUGUCCUCAAUCAGUAUGUGUGUAUUUCAGUAUUUGGAUC